AUGAUUAGAGCAGUGUAUUUUCUUCUCCUCCUCGCCUUCACCCUCACCUCCUCACAAGCAAGUUCUAUCAUUCCACGGCCACAACCUCGCUCAUCCUUCAAGGUCAACACUACCCAGAAUCUGGGGAGCUGUUCUUACACGGUGAUAAUAACCACAAGCUGCUCUUCACCCAAGUACACGUAUGACCACAUCAGUCUGGACUUUGGCGAUGCUUAUGGCUACGAGGUUCUCUUCACAAAUUCUCAAAUCCUUUAUUCCCCAUAAUUUUUGACCACCCUAUGAAUAAAGAGAAAAUAUUUCCUAAAUAGAAAUUUUUGAUAAAAAUUUCCACAGCAUGAAUGACAUUUUUUAAAUGGGGAUUGAAUCUUGUUUUUUUUUUAAUUGAAAAAGUAGACAAUCAUUGCAAAUAUAGUAAGUUUUUUGUUGUUAAUCGACCAUUAUGGGAUUGGAAAAAAAAGGGGAAUACUUUGAUUCCAUAUUUGGUGUCCCAAAUGGGUUUAGCACUCUUGAAUUAGUGGG